GCCUGGGCAGUCGGGCGAUAUACAAAGGGCGCUGUAGUCGUAGCGUCAGUGGCUUUAUGGAGGUCCCCUGCAAGGGGAGUACGCGUCGCUGCUGAUCGCUGCUGAUCUUGUUGCUGUUUUCGAUAUUGUCGUUGUGGGAUAAUAUUCUGCCAAAGAAGGCGAAGGCUGUCUCUGCGCCAUGAAAUCAAACUUCCCCCUCGCUCUCCUAGGCACAUGCCUUCCAGGAGUGGCGGCCGCGGCCGCGGCGUACAACGUAUCCGCCUUUCCCCCAAACUCCAUCCAGCUCACCGAGGCGGACAUCGGCGACUUCUCCUCUAUCCGGUUCGGUGACGACACCGACGGCACGCCCCUCGACGUUGACGAGUCCGAGUGCAAGGUCUUCCCAGGGGAUCCGGCCUGGCCCGCAGCAGAAGAGUGGGCGCGCCUGAACGCGACGCUAGGCGGCGUCCUGCUGAGGCCGACGCCCUCAGCCGCCGUCUGCUACCCAGGACCCGACUACGACCCAGAGCGAUGCCAGUUCCUAGUCUCGAGCGCGUCGUCCUCGCACUACUGGCUCGACGAGCCGCUGGUCGCGCUGACGGAGUGGGCGCAAGGAGCCACCUGCGCGCUCUCCCUGGCCCCCGAGGGGAACUGCACCCGUGGCGGGUUCCCCGAGUACGUCGUCAACGCCACCACAGCCCGGCACAUCCAGACGGCGGUCAACUUCGCCCGGAACAAGAACAUCCGGCUCAUCAUCAAGAACACCGGGCACGACUUCGGCGGGCGGUCGGUCGGCGCGGGCGCGCUGAGCGUCUGGACGCACUACAUCAAGACCACCGAGUUCCUGCCGGCGUACGAGGUCGGCGAGUACAGCGGCAUGGCCGUGCACGUCGGCGCGGGCAUCGAGUCGUGGGAGGAGCACAACCUGAUGGCGCGGUACAACGUCACCAUCCUCGCGCCCGGGUGCGGGACCGUCGGCGGCGCCGGCGGCUGGAUGAGCGGCGGCGGCCACACAACCGUCAGCUCCCGCUUCGGCCUCGGUGCCGACCAGGUGCUCGCCCUCGGCGUAGUGACAGCCGCCGGUCGCUUCGUCGUGGCCGACCCGUACACCAACUCGGACCUGUUCUUCGCCCUGCGGGGCGGCGGCGGCGGGACGUACGGCGUGGUCACCUCGGCCGUCAUGAAGGCCCACCCGCGGGUCACGGUGACGGGGUCGUCGCUCGCCAUCGUGCUGGGUAACGGGACGUCGGCGCCUGGCGGGCAGCUCGUCGUAGCGGACGCGGACACGUUCUGGCGGGCCGUCGGGGCGUACUACCGGUUCGCGGCGCAGGUCCUGGACGCGGGGGGUUUCUGCUUCAGCUACAUCUACCCGGCGGCGGGGGGCGGGUUCCUGUUCACGACGUUGACACAGCUGGUGGGCGGGGAGUGGACGCAGGAGGCGGCGGCGACGUUCGCGCGGCCGCUGUACGCGGCGCUGCGGGCAGCGGGGGUGGCCGAGGCGGCGGACCCAGCGCCGGGGCAGUUCUCGAGCGCGGCCUACGGGACGGCGCGCGCCGUCGCCGUGGGCCCGAGCCCCGGCAACACGCGCUACCGCUCGCGCUUGCUGCCGCGCGAGAACUGGGACGACGACGCGCGCUGGGCCCGCACCAUGGCCGCCGUGCGCACCGCCACCGAGGCCGGCUUCGACAAUGGCUUCUACUUCCACGGCACGCUCGCCUCGCCGACCGAGGACGUCGCCGGCUGGCCCGGCCGCGCGAGCGCGGUCAACCCCGCGUGGCGCCGCAACCGGAUGCACGCCAUGCUGAUGGACCAAGCGCCGGCGCAGUCGGUGGAGCGCGACGCGAUGAUGCAGGACUACAUGGACCUGCUGCGGGCGGCGUCGCCGGGGGCGGGCGCGUACAUGAACGAGGGCGACCCGGGCGAGCCGGCGUGGCAGCAGGCAUUCUACGGGAGCCACUACGCGCGGCUGCUCGCGAUCAAGCGCGCGCGCGACCCCUGGGGCGCCUUCUGGGCGCCGACUACGGUCGGCAGCGAAGGCUGGGCGGUGCGCCCGGCUGCGGGGGCCGGGGACGGCGCGGGCGCGUACGCAGGCUCGCAGAACGGGAGGCUCUGUCGGACGGGGGCGUGAUGGGGCGGGAGGACAUGGGAUGAGUUGAGUUGGGAUGAGAAGGAGGCGCAUGCGGGAGGGGACAGGGGGAUGGGAUGAUGGGUUAGGUAGCUUCCAUCCUGCUUAGUGUACGCAGGGAAACAGGGGACGGGUAGGAAUUGUACACCUCUCGACGAAAAUAGCGGUAGGCUAUACUAUACGAAAUGAGCGCUGGCUCUAUCGGCCACGGGGUCAACGACGCGCCCGUACAGAGACGCGCGCAACUGCCGAGCGAUAUGCGAUGCGAUGGGGGAAUACAAAAUAAUUACCCACCU